AUGAGAACGAUUCUGUUCAUCUCAAUUAUUUGUCUUGUUGCUAUUUGCAAUGGUCAUAGAAAUUUUCCAAAAAGAAACAAUUACUUACAGUACUUAAGAUCACAAACAUUCAUGCAGGAAAAAGCGAAAAAUAAAAAGUUAAACGAAAAUUAUUCUGAAGAUAUAAACGAAUUUGAUGAAUACGAAGCGGAUGAAUCUGAGUGGGUAAGAGAUGACGAGAAAAGAGGAAAAGGAAUACAAAGAAAGGGAUCUAUUUACAAUACUAGGGAGAACGACGAUGACAGGAAAGAUGAAAAUAAAUUAGUAUUUAAGAAUAUUGAAAAAGAAUUAAAUAGCAUAGAAGUGCUAAAUGAUGAACGAAAAGUGAAUCUUACAGGAGGAGGAAGAGAAUGCUCUGUUAAUGAAAAAGGUACUUUAGAUGUAUCAAUAAAUUCUAGUGAUAUUUUCAAUUUAAAUAAAUACAUGGUAGAAAUUACAUCAUCUUCUAUAUUAAUUAAAGAGUUAAAUAAUGAUAAAGUUGUAGUUAAAGAUUUACCAUUUAAGCAUAUUAAACUACCAAUAGAAACUAUUGAAGAAACUAGGGAAUGCUGGAAUAUAAAAUUAAUCAAGGAAAAAAUUCUUUUCUGUGAAAAAAAAAAAGAAGAUAGAGAUAGAUGGAUUACUAAUAUAUUAAAAGCCUUAUUUUGUUAUAAUUCAAAUAAUUUAACCAUUGAAGAAUGGAACAAAGACAUUAACACUAAAUUUGAUAUACCCAAAGAAUCAACAGUUGACAAAAGAAUACAGUCCUUAAAAAAAAAGAACAGCGGUGAUGAUAAUUCUCCAAAAUAUGUGAAACAAUCUAGCAACAAUAAUAUAGUAAUUUCGGAUAUAAAGAACGACAAACCGAAAAUUGAAUUUAACUAG